UUGACUCGGAGUAUCGGGAACCCGAUCCGUAUCGCCCGAUCAGUCUCCAUCGCUUCAUCCUUCUCCGAUUCUUCUCAUCGGCGGGAAUUUCACAAUCGAGAUUACGAGCUUGAAAUGCAUUCAACGGGGAAGAGAAAUAUGAACAUCUUAGCCGUUAUCAGAUUAGUGUUUACUAGUUCGAGCUUGAUCAGAAAAGUGGGCUUCAGAAAUCCCUUAUUGGCCUCAGCAACCAUAAGGUAUUCGACGUUAUGCCUGAACGAAGUUGAAGACUGCAUUGGCGGCUCUGAGCCGUCAUCGGUUGUAUCCUCUAGGAGAUUGAAUGAAGAAGAGAAACUGAGGCUGAUUCUUAGUCCUAUGGAAGCUCUACGGAAAUGGGGUUGUAACGAUGAUGAAAUAUCAAAGCUUUUUACUCGUAGGCCGGCUUUGCGUACAGCCAAUGUUGCUCAGCUAGAGUUGAAGUUAAGCCUUCUUACACCACUGGGCAUCACAUCAUCAGACCUUGUGAAGAUUGUUGAUUGUCGUCCGAGGUUCUUUAGCCGCCGUAUUCACCUCGUCCUUGGUGAAAGGAUCAACUAUUUCGUGGAGCUUUUGGGGUCAAAAGACGUGUUGCGCAAACUCAUUAUCCGGAAUCCGUCUCUCAUGUUGUAUGACCUCGACGCAAAGAUCAAACCCGCGAUAGAGUUCUACAGAGAGCUGGGGUUCAGCCAACAGGAUCUUGUCGCAAUGUUGAUAUCCCGACCCACCUUGAUUCCAAGAACGAGCUUGAACAGGGAGAAGUUUGAGUACAUCCAGAAAACGGGGGUCACCAGAGACUCCAAGAUGUUCAAAUACGUUGCAGCCAUCAUCGGGGUUUCGAGGAUGGAGACGAUCCAAGAGAAAGUUGCAAACUUGGAAAAGUUCGGCUUCUCAGAGGAAGAGAUUUGGCAUCUGUGUGGGAAAUGCCCCAUCCUUCUCACUUUAUCAGUUGAGAAAGUUCAGAGAAACAUGACUUUCGUCAUAGCAUCGAUGAAGCUUCCAGCUCAUUCCGUGCUUAAACACCCUUCCUUGCUUCUCUCCAACCUCGAGACUCAUAUAAGGCCUCGUGUGGAUCUCGUGAAGAGAGUCUUUGAAAUGGGUCUAAAGCCGCUGGUAGAAGAAGUGAACAUUGCCACAGCGCUAAGGAUGAGCCAAAAACGGUUCUUGAAGGUUUAUGUAAUGUGUCAUCCACAUGAUGUUGCAGCCGAGUUGAUGCACCUAUACGAGAAAUCCAAAAACAUGAAACGUUUGGCUGUGGAAUCCAAGAAAUAUUCAGUCGGAAAAAACCAUGGGAAGCGAACGAAGCCCCGAAGGAGAAGAAGAGAAGCAGAGCACGGAGCGAAGAUUCUUCGUCUUCCGAGUAAAGAGGGGAUCCCAGAGCUAUCAAGUGAGCACCACUUCUCUAAGAACAACGAGUCUGCCACGUUGCUGUAAGAAGAAAAGAAAAAGCGACCGAAGCUGCACGGGAGCUGUUUGCUCGCUUUGUCCGAACUAAGAAAUUUAAGGGAAUCAAUUCAAACGACGAUCAAAGUUGACAACUUUGCAAACCCCAAAAAAUCAUAUUUCAGUUUUUGAUUAAUGUUCGACAAAAGAAACGCAUUCCAUUAAGUUAGGUAUAAAAGUUUUUUGAAAAGUAAAAAUCAAAAAUGAUGUUUUUAAAAUAUUGAACUCCCCCAUGUUCUAGAAAAAAUGAUUUUCGUCGGUUCGUCUUUUGGUUACGGUUUGCUCUUACUCUUAUCUUAUCAAUGAAAACCCG